GUCCUAGAGUACAAUUGGCUUCCUUACCCGUAUGGUAACCUUUGGAGUCAACAUAUUAUUUUGGGGUUGAAAAUGACAUCAUCUUGAUAACGCGCAUGCGCAGAUCAUUGGUUAAUAUGCUGGGAAAAUUAUUGAUUACUGGACAUAUGCAUACAGCGCAGAGAGAGUGGAAAUGUACGCACUUACGGUCGGUAAAAGAUAUUGGCAGCUGAAAAUAAAUAUUUUUUUACAAAAUGAUAGCAUCUAAAGCAAUAAGAACCUAUAGAAUACGAAAAAUCGAAAGCAUUGGCAAGAUGACUCAAAUGACACAAGACGAAAUAAUUAGCAACACCAAAACAGUGCUACAAGGCCUCGAAGCCUUGCGUGUGGAGCAUGUCUCCUUGAUGACUGGCAUGGGCGAAGCGCAUAGGGACAAUGAAAAAUCCGAUAUAGUGCGUAAAAAUAUUGAACAUAUUGAAUUGGGCCUAUCCGAGGCGCAGGUGAUGAUGGCUUUAGCCUCACAUUUGCAAAAUAUUGAGGCCGAAAAACAAAAACUAAAAACACAAGUACGACGUUUACAUCAAGAAAAUGCUUGGUUACGUGAUGAACUCGCUAAUACACAACAAAAAUUCCAAGCCUCCGAGCAGUUGGUAGCACAGCUGGAAGAGGAGAAGAAACAUCUCGAAUUCAUGGCAUCCGUUAAGAAGUAUGAUGAUAAUCAGGAGCAAGAAGAUUCAUGUGAAAAAUCACGUACCGACCCAGUUGUCGAACUAUUUCCCGAUGAGGAGAAUGAGGAGCGGAAUAAUAUGUCGCCAACACCGCCAAGUCAAUUUGCCAAUCAAACUGCUGGCUAUGAGAUACCAGCACGUUUACGUACUUUGCAUAACUUGGUGAUUCAAUAUGCAUCGCAAGGCAGGUGUGUAUGUAUGAGUAUGCAUGUACAUAGUAUGUUUGCAUACGCGUAAACUUAUUUACAUAGA